AUGAAGGACCGGACGCAGGAACUGAGGACUGGCAAGGACAGCGACGACGAUGAGGACGUGGUGCAUAUCGAUCGCGAUCAUUUCAUGGACGAGUUCUUUGAGCAGGUGGAGGAGAUACGUUCCUGCAUUGAAAAACUAUCAGAGGAUGUUGACCGAGUUAAGAAACAGCACAGUGCCAUCCUCGCUGCGCCAAACCCAGAUGACAACAUCAAACAGGAGCUGCAGGAUCUCACCGUAGACAUCAAGGCAACCGCGAACAAAGUCCGCUCCAAGUUAAAAACUAUCGAACAGAGCAUCGAGAGAGAGGAGGGUCAAAACCGUUCGUCUGCAGAUCUCCGUAUCCGGAAAACCCAGCAUUCCACACUCUCCCGGAAAUUUGUCGAGGUGAUGACUGAGUAUAACGCGACUCAGUCCAAAUACCGCGAUCGAUGCAAAGAUCGAAUCCAGCGACAACUAGAAAUAA